GCGCGCGGCGGGGCGGAAGUGGCCGCCUGCCCCGUCCAGCCCUACGCAGGUAGGCGGCAGCCCGCGGGCCCCGGAGCCAGGCUCUCAGUGGUUGUGACCUUGCUUCCACAGCCUGCAGCUGCUCUACAGAGUACGUGAGAGCAUUUUCACCCAGCUGCCCAACAGCACACCCCAUCUGCUGUGCCCGCGGAGCAGAGGGCGUAGAAAGAAAGGUCUAGAGUGUGCAGGCGGCAGGUGCCCCCUUUUCACCCUCCGCCUGAACGUGGCAUGUGUGCCCGUGGAGCUCCCACAGACACGUGUGACCCUGUCAUCUGAGUCUCCAACCGUCCUUCACAGCAGUGUGACUGUCCUCAAGGUGGCUGUGCAGGUCCUGCCUAGCGCGCAGUCUGAUGCCCAUCCAGCCCUUUGACCACCGGGAAUGGAAUGAGCCUAUGCACUCCCUCCGGAUCACUGUAGGGGGCCUUCCUGUGCUGGCUUCCAUGACCAAGGCCACAGACCCUCGCUUCCGCCCCCGCUGGAGGGUGAUCCUGACUUCCUUUGUGGGUGCUGCCCUCCUCUGGCUUCUGUACUCCCAUCAUCAGGCCCCAGUACCGGGCAGAUCCUCCGCCCACAAUGCACACAGCCGGAGGUUCAGCCCCGAUCAUGUGUCUCGCUACAAUGACACCUACCCCCUGUCCCCGCCACAGAGGACUCCAGGUGGGACUCGCUACCGGAUCGCAGUCAUUGCUGACUUGGACACAGGGUCCAGGGCCCAGGAGGAGAACACUUGGUUUAGUUACCUUAAGAAAGGCCACCUGACCCUGUCAGACAGUGGGGACAAGGUGACUGUGGAGUGGGAUAAAGACCAUGGAGUCCUGGAGUCCCACCUGGCAGAAAAGGGGAGGGGCAUGGAGCUCUCUGACCUGAUUGUCUUCAAUGGGAAACUCUACUCCGUGGACGACCGUACAGGGGUCAUCUACCAGAUCGAAGGCACCAAAGCAGUGCCCUGGGUGAUCCUUUCUGAUGGUGACGGAACUGUGGAGAAGGGAUUCAAAGCUGAGUGGCUUGCUGUGAAGGAUGAGCACCUGUAUGUUGGUGGCCUGGGCAAGGAGUGGACCACCACCACAGGGGAGGUGAUGAACGAGAACCCCGAGUGGGUGAAGGUGGUAGGCCACAGGGGCAGCGUGGACCACGAGAACUGGGUGUCCAGCUACAAUGCUUUGAGAGCCGCCGCUGGGAUCCAGCCGCCAGGCUACCUCAUCCACGAAUCCGCCUGCUGGAGUGACACGCUGCAGCGCUGGUUCUUCCUGCCACGCCGGGCCAGCCACGAACGCUACAGCGAGAGGGCCGAUGAGCGCAAGGGCAGCAACCUCCUGCUGAGCGCAGCCCCAGACUUCAAGGACAUAUCCGUGAGGCGUGUGGGGGAGCUGGUCCCCACACACGGCUUCUCAUCUUUCAAAUUCAUCCCUAACACUGACGACCAGAUCAUCGUGGCUCUCAAGUCAGAAGAGGACAGCGGCAGGAUUGCCACCUACAUCAUGGCCUUCACGCUAGAUGGCCGCUUCCUGCUUCCAGAGACUAAGAUCGGCAGUGUCAAGUAUGAAGGGAUAGAGUUCAUCUAGAUGAGUAAGUUCCCAUGCCCGGCAAGGCAUGGGCAAAUCGCCUGAGGCAUCGCCAGGACUCAAUUUCAUAAAAACCAGAGGAACACACUUUGACUUGUUUGUUGUUUUCUUUUUUAACUGAGCUGUAUGCCUGGAUGGAGGUUUCCAGAAUAGGAAACUGAGUCCCAGGCCAUGUGACACAGCUUCAGGAGACGUCCUGAAGCUGGGAGCAAGGGCAGGCAGGAGUCCUGUACAGGAAAGGCAGGGUCUCUGCCUACCCAUGCCUCACUCUGCACUGCCACCUUGUGGUAGGGAUUGGUCACUGCUGCAGGUACCUUUUGAGCACUGGCCUUCAAAAUCCAGCCACGCCUCUCCUUUCCUCCAUCUCUUGCCUAGGUCUCUUGCCUUUCCGAGUUCUCUGGCCAGUAAGUAUCUGAGGCAACAGGUGUGCUGAGUCUCAGCCUCGCCCUGGGAGCACAAGGCAGUUUGAGGGUGGGACUGCCAGAUAGGCACUCCAAGGCACCCCUCUUCCUCCUGUGUGCAGACCCUUGGAAAGUAAAUGUUUACACGGCAGGGCGAGGGCCCCACCCCUUGGGACACACCUGCCCACACUGCCGAAACCAUUCUAGCGCAGGAUUGCUGCUUCCCAUGGCCCUCGGGAGGAUCUGGGGCUGUGCAGGCCUUUGAAUUAUUAACUUAUUUUUAUUAAGGUAAUUUCCUUUUCUACAGAACAGUCACCAAGUCUUAUCACACAGUGAAGGUGGAGUUCCCACGUCUACUCCCUGCAGCAACAGAAUCAUCAGCAUAGCCGCAAUGGCGAAAUUAUCUUUUACAGAAAGGGUCUCUGGAUCCUUGGCCUCUGCCUUCUAGCAACUUCAGAAGCCGCCAUGUCUUCCCUUCCCAGCAGUGGCUGAGGGAGGGCUCUAGAGACCUGUCCCUGUUGUCCCCUGCAUUUUUUGCUGGCUCCCAGUGAGCAUUUAGCAGCCUUCUCCUGUUUUCUGUCACUUCCUGUUCGUGCUCAAGAGCAAAGGCUACAGAGUCAGGGUCAGAGGUUGCCCUGUAGGUAGCAGCCACCUUAGUCAUCCUGCAACACCCUUAGGCUAGGACACGGGUACUGCCGAGGGCACAGGGCUCUGAUAGCCCUCAUAAGCCCCUUCCACUGGGAAGCGAGGCAGACCACUGCCACUGGGACUCUCACUACCCACAUGGCAGCAUGUUGACUGGUGAUGGUGACAUCUUUGUGUACUGUCUGUGUGUUGCUGAGAGCUAAGCCAUACCUCUUCGAUGUGUGUCAACUGUGUUAGAGUGUGCUUCUAAACUGAAAGGGAGAAAAUGGACCCUGUGGAGUCAGUGUGGCCCUGAGGCAACACAGCACAGCCUUCACCUUCCUUUCCCUGACGGAAGCAGAGUGAUUGUGUCCUUCCCUCCCUCCAUUUGUUUUCUAAACAAUAAAGU